AACAAAAUACAUAUAAGUUGGAAUCAAACCAAAUAUUGAUUUGUAUAUUUCAACUGAAAAAGUGUAAUAAUAAUAAUAAUAAUUGUAAUGAACAAGAAAGGUCUAGCCAUUCUUAUGCGAACCAAAAUGCUACCUCUUUCCCCUUCUUCUAAUAAAUUGAAUCAAAUGCAAGUCUCUCAAAUGGAAGGUGAUAAAGUUUCUUCUCAGGAUGCUUCACUUCUUCCACAAAGAGAGUUCACCCAAGUACGGGAGUCAAUGCACUCAGCCAUGUCGAUGAACAAGACAGAAAUUGUGGAUGUUGCUCUAAAUGAAUUUUCACAGGGAUACUUUUUCCUUUCCGCAGAAAAUCGAUAUAAGAUACUUCUUUCACUAGCUAAAGAGUAUGAUCUCAAUCGGACCCAAGUUCGUGAGUUAAUGAAGCAGCAUCUUGAUCUUCAGCUCCCAAGUGCUUUGGCAGAUAAGGCUGAAGAGAGUGGUCAUGAAGAGGAAGGGUCAUUAUCAGCUUUCUAUAGGAUUGAGCGGAACUUGACGCAGGCUCUCAAGCCUAAGUAUGAAGUUCUUUUUGAGCGGCUUAAUACACAUCCUGGGGGAUUGAAGUUCCUGUCUGAUAUUCGAGCUGAUAUUCUUUGUAUUCUCGAAGAUGUAAAUAUAGCAGCUCUGCGAGCAUUGGAUUCUCACUUAAAGGAGAAGUUGAUUACAUGGCUUAGUCCUGCUAAUUUGGAGCUUCACAAUAUUACAUGGGAUGAUCCUGCGUCUUUGUUGGAAAAAAUUGUUGCAUAUGAGGCUGUGCAUCCGAUAAGCAAUCUUAUAGAUCUAAAAAGAAGGCUAGGAAUAGGUCGCCGCUGCUUUGGGUACUUCCAUCCAGCAAUACCUGGUGAACCACUUAUUUUUAUUGAGGUUGCACUUAUGAAGAAUGUGGCGGCGACCAUACAGGAGGUCUUAUGGGACCAUCCUCCAAUUUCUGAACAUGAGGCUUCUUGUGCAAUUUUUUACUCUAUUUCAUCAACUCAGCCUGGCUUAUCAGGAGUUAAUCUGGGGAAGUUUCUAAUCAAACGCGUGGUUGAUGUGGUAAAAAAAGAUAUGCCCAAUAUCUGUGUAUUCGCUACUCUUAGUCCUAUCCCUGGUUAUAGGAAAUGGCUGUUAUCAAAGUUGGCUUCAUCAGAGACGUCUGGUUCUGCCUUCAAAGAAAAUUUGCUUAGACCGGAAGAAGAAAAAGCACUUAUGGAUGUAUCAGGAGGUUCUGACCUGGGAAGCAGUGGUAUUGAAGUAAUGUGGAAAUUAUUGACAUCAAAGAACCAUGAGUGGACCAAUUCACCUAAACUGGUAUCUGCCUUGAGAACCCCGAUGAUGCGACUUUGUGCCAGGUACCUUAUGCAAGAAAAAAGGAGAGGAAAAGCUCUAGAUUCGGUUGCAAAUUUCCACUUACAAAAUGGAGCGAUGAUUGGAAGGCUAAACUGGAUGGCUGAUCAGUCACAAAAGGGCCUUACUCAAAGUGGAGGCAUAAUGGUAAAUUACAUAUACAGGUUGGACAACAUUGAAGAUAGUGCUCAGGCAUAUCUGAAUGAAGGGCACAUCGAAUCUUCCUCUGAUUUCAAAAGCUACAUUGGGGAUGAUAAUGGAGAAAGAGCAGAUUAGACGGACUAGGAGAGAAUCAUAACACUAUGCAAGUAUACUAUGAAAUAAAUACACAGGUUGAAACGUCAUCAAGGAUUCAUAUGUUCUAUAUAUAUAGUGCUCUGCAUUAUAUUUCAAGUCAAAUA